AUGACAUCUGACGCCGUGUUCCGUCACGGUCAGAGGGUCAAGAUCCUCGACAGUCACCUCGAAGAGUUCCAAUCCCGACUUCGCGACAGCACUCCCAGCAACACAUAUCUAGUCGAGCGAAACGUAUCCCUUUGGAGCAUUGCAUCGCAACGAUACGAAUUCGUCACGAUGAUUCAACCAGAGGGAAAGCUGAUUGAACCCGGUUAUCCAGAUGCCACUUGUUUGCUCUGGGGAAUUUGCCGCAAGUACGACACCAUCCCAGAUAUUUCCUCCCAGAAUUGGCAAUCGAUGCCAGUCUACCUCGAACGUCAUCUCUGCAAUUGGGCGAAGAACAGUGCAAAGACUGUAGGCGUAAGCCUCGAGGAUCUUCAAGUCGAGAUCAAGAACCGGGCAUGUUUCAUCGACGAGUUCCCUCACGCGGCGCGAGGCCUGUUCAAACCCGUGCGCAGCGUGAAGGCAGCCAACAACAAGACCUUCGUUGCCGGUCUAGCAUACCAGAAUGAAGACGGAAUGCUCGCUCCACGCGAGAAAAACGGAAUGGCCAUCACUUUCUUAACAUGGCUGAAACUCGACCCGCUCGCAGACGGCACCAUCCUCCCAACCAAUCUCACACGUGCUCGCGUCACCAAGUUGGAACGCGAAAUCCGUAUGCGCUUUAUCGAGGAGCUUGGAGAACCCGAUACCGUCGAAAGCAACCUCAUAGUCCACCUGCGUAGGCUUGUCACGCGAAACGCCGCACUACUGAAGGUUGGCGAUGCGUGGACCAGGCCGGUGUUGUACUCGAUCCCCCAUUGGGACACUGUUCCUAACGCACUCCUGAAAGACGCGAUUGUCGAGGGCUACAAGGGACAUUUGUUUGAAAACGCUGCCAACAUCAAGAGCAAGGAUAUUUCUGGCAUCGAUGACAACGAUCGUUUCGAGGAACUGAUGGACACCGAUGACGAUGGGAUCGUCACGCAUGCUGGACCGAAAUCCAACAAGACACAACAGACGGCCAAAGAUACUAAGAAGUCACAACAGCUUGGAGGUGGCAGGGCCGUCGCGAGAGUCGAAGUUAGUGAAAGCGAAGAAGACGACGGAAACGAAGACAACAGCAGCAGCGACGACAGUGGAGAUGACGGCGGUGACGACGAUGACGUCCUCCCAAUUGUUCGUCAAUACCGAGCCAAGCUCUGGCGUUAUGGCCAUGAUAGCUAUGUUCAAUCCGACCAGAAAUUGGAAGAGAUGAAGUCGUGGCCAUGGCACAAGUUUAAGGAGUACCGUUGUGUUCGUGGACAAAUCUCUCGUGCAGCGCUUCCGCCACAGGGCACCAUCUUUGGCCACGAUGUCACAGGCGAGCUACUCGUGUUGCAUCAAAACGGUGAAAUCACGGCCAAGGAAUUGCGCAAGUGGUAUCCUGGCGUGUUCAGCAGCCAGAAAUGCGGUGUCCACAAGGACUUACCACCACUUGGUUUGCCAUACGUUAUCGACAAUCGCCUUGCCUGA